ACCCUGCGACUCUGCAGAUUCCUCUCGGAGGCAUGGGGCGCCUCUCAGUCGUGAGAGGCCUCCUAAAAUGAUCAUCUACUGGCGGAGGCCGCGCCUGUCCCUGUUUUGCUGAGGCUCAUGGGAAAUGUAGUCCGAAGGGAGGGGGUGGUGCUGCCUUCGGAGCAGACGUGUGAUUGGCCAGGGCGGCGUCGCCAGGGCAACGCGCGAGGGGCUGACCGCUGGGUCCGGGGAGAGGCGCGCGGGACCGCGUGGGCCCACUUACCCGAAGUGGCUUCGGGUGGCCGAGGUCCCCUUUGGUGGCUCCAAGAAGACUCCCGGCACAACAAUGCCAUCCCCACUGGGCCCCCCGAGUCUGCCCUCUGUGGACCCCGAGGCCACCCAGGAGGAUCCUGAGGCAGCACGCCAGCGCUUCCGGGGCUUCUGCUACCAGGAGGUGGCCGGUCCCCGCGAGGCCUUGGCCCAGCUCCGGGAGCUCUGCCGCCAGUGGCUGCGGCCCGAGGUGCACUCCAAGGAGCAGAUGCUGGAGCUGCUGGUGCUGGAGCAGUUCCUGGGCGCGCUGCCCCCUGAGAUCCAGGCCUGGGUGCGGGGACAGCAACCAGGCAGCCCUGAGGAGGCCACUGUCCUGGUCGAGGGCCUGCAGCAUGACCCUGGGCAGCUUCUGGGCUGGAUUACAGCACAUGUCCUGAAGCAAGCGGUGCUCCCAGCCGCACAGAACACAGAGGAGUCUGUGGGGAGCUCCCACCCUUCAGGGACAGUGGAGCCCCGAAAGGCAGCCUCUUGGGAGGGGUCCAAGGAUGCCCAGUUGGAGGAGAAUGCCCAGCUCAGCUGCAGCGUGAAGGAGGAGCCUGAUGGCUACGGGCAGGAGACAGCACCGUCCAGCCCCCCACAUCCAGCCCGGUCCCAUGAGGGGCCCGCUGAACAACAGGAACCGACCUCCGUGCCCUUUCAGCCACCCAGGAUUCAGGAGGAGUGGGGGCUCCUGGACCGGUCACAGAAGGAGGUGUACUGGGACGCGAUGCUGCAGAAGUACGGCACGGUGGUCUCCCUGGCAGGGUUGCCGUGUCCCCUGCCGGAGGCGCGCACUGAGCCGGAGCCGGAGGCGCUGAGCACCGGAUCCGAGGGAGCGAGAAGCCUCCUCCCGGGUGAGUGGCCUCCCGCUCCCCGGUGGCGACGGGGGCGGGGGGGCGGGGAGCCCAGGCCGCCCCGCGCCUGGGGGGCUGCGGGCGGAGUCACCAGGCGACCUGGCUCUGCCACCUCUGGCCCCCCACCAGGAGGAGAGAGCGAGAGCUCCCGAGAGGGCCGGCCCGGCUGCCCGGAGGCCCCGCCGCCCGCGCGGAGCAAGCCCUACACGUGCGCGCAGUGCGGCCGCACCUUCGACUGGAAGUCGGUGUUCGUCAUCCACCGCCGCGCGCACGCGGGCGGCCCGGGCGCCGAGAAGCAGCCGGUGGGGCCGCCCCGGCGCGCGCUCCCGGGCCCGCGCAGCUACGCCUGCGAGGAGUGCGGCCGCAGCUUCAGCUGGAAGUCGCAGCUGGUCAUCCACCGCAAGGGCCACGCCGGCCAGCGGCGCCACUUCUGCGGCGACUGCGGCCACAGCUUCGACUGGAAGUCCCAGCUGGUCAUCCACCGCAAGAGCCACCGGCCCGAGGCCCCGUGAGCGCAGGAGGGGCGCCUCGCCGGGGCCCCGGGCCCAGCCCGCCCCUGCUACUCCACUCCGCCGCAGCCUGGAGAGCUGGAGGCCGCCCAGGCCAGAAGUCAGAGUCCCAGGAGGGUGCCCCACCCCCGAUCAGUCUCCCCCCAAAGCCGCGGCUCCCUCCUCUCCUGUCUCGCCCACCCCGCCUUUCAGAGAGAGAGGCCUGGGCUCCAGUGCACCGACCCACCGGACCCGCGGCGGCCAGGUGGCUUCCAAACCCCUUCCUGUGACAUGGUGCAGGCCGGUGCAGGAAGCCCAGGAGAGCACAGCCUACUUCUGUUUGCAGGCAGGUGGAAGGCUAAAGUCUGGCCACUGUGCGUUUUAGAUUUUUAACAAAUUCCAGUUUUCUCCUGGAGAAGCUUCUGCGUAAGAAUCCUCAUCUCUGGUCUCUGCUGGUCGGAUCAGCAGCCCCUGCCCUUCCUGCCCGGCAGCUGGAGCUUCAGAGCUGCCUGCCCACGAGCAGGUCGGUGUCCGGCUUACCUGUUCCUCGGCCACACACAUCACUCCCUGGCCUUGUCCUUCCAGCUGUCGAGUCCCAGCCUGAACGGACAUUAAGGGAACUUCUUUCCAAGUCUGGAUGGACAAGCAUGGCGUCUGAGAACAGACGUGACUUAGGCCGCGCAGGCUGGCAGGUGAGUGAGUCACAGAGCAGGAGGGCGGAGGAUCAGCCGCCUGCUGCCCACGGCAGUCCGUCUGUGGGCAUUCAGGACUUUGGCCAGUGUACUGUACUGCUUUCCUACUGUUGCUCUAACGAGCCCGGUGGCUUGAAACAACACAAAACGUGCUCUCUUAGGACUCUGAACUGGGUCUCACUGGGCCCAAUCAAGGUGUCAGCACGGCUGGUUCCUCCUGAAGGCUCUAAGGGGGGAAUCCACUUUAAGGCUUUUUCUAGCUUGUAGAGGCUGCCACGUUCCUCGGUGGUGGCGCCUUCCUCCAUCUUAAAAGCCAGCAGUGGAUGGUUAAGUCUCAUGCUGCCUCCCCCUUGUAAAGACCCUCAGGGUUACAUCUACGGCUCCCCUGGUAACCCGUGAUGAUCUCCCCAUCUCGGGGUCACAUCUCAUCCAUGCCCCACCUACACACCUGAUCUCAUCUGCAAAAUCCCUUCUGCAUGUGAGACAACAUUCACAGGUUCCAGGGAUUAGGACAUGGGUGUCUUUGGGGACUGUUAUUCCACACCCUUCUCUGUCACCUUUCUGCUCUGAAAACAAGGGACAUUUUUGUGGGACGUGGUUUCAGGGAGACAGGUGCACCCACAGAAGGAGCCCUCUGCAGCCUCAGGCUCAUGCAGGGGUGGCAGGUGGGUGUUGAGUGUGGCUGUGACCAUGGUUACUAGCAGAGGUGGGGUGGACACCUGGGCUGCGUGGGGAGGACCUUGCUGCAGCCUGAAACUGGGAGGGAGAGGCCUCCAUCUGGAGGACCCGUCUCCUCCAUGCCCAGUCUUCUGAGGACCUUUGACCUGUCGACCACACUCAGGCCUGAGGAAGCAGAGCCAGGCUGGAGAUGGAACCGGGCACUGGUGAUCUUGUUACCGAGUCCCAGCUUGUACUGCUGGCCGCACCACAGGCCAAUAAAUUGAGAGCCGAGUUGUUGAGGCAAGGAAUAGUGACUUUAUUCAGAAAGCCAGCGGACUCGGGACUUCCCUGGCGGCGCAGUGGUAAGAAUCCGCCUGCCAACCUAGGGGACACGGGUUCGAUCCCUGGUCUGGGAAGAUCCCACAUGCCGCAGAGCAACUAAGCCCAUGCGCCACAACUACUGAGCCUGCGCUCUAGAGCCCGAGAGCCACAACUACUGAGCCCGCAUACCUAGAGCCUGUGCUCCACAACAAGAGAAGCCACCGCAAUGAGAAGCCCGCCGCAACUGGAGAGAAAGCCCGCGUGCGGCAACGAAGACCCAACGCAGCCAAAAAUUCAUUGAAAAAGAAAGUGCUGGGCUUCCCUGGUGACGCAGUGGUUGAGAGUCCGCCUGCCGAUGCAGGGGACACGGGUUCGUGCCCCGGUCUGGGAAGAUCCCACAUGCCACGGAGCAGCUGGGCCCGUCAGCCAUGGCCGCUGAGCCUGUGCUCCGCAACGGGAGAGGCCACAACAGUGAGAGGCCCGCGUACCGCAAAAAAAAAAAAAAAAAAAAAGAAAGUGCUUUUAAAAAAAAUAGAAAGCCAGCAGACCAAGAAAGUGGUGCACUCGUGCCCCAAAGAACCAUGUUGCAUGAGUUAAAAUUCAGGUUUCUUUCAGAGGGAGUAAAGUGAAACAUUUCCUGGCUCAGAUCAGCUCCGGGAGGGGAUGUGUUCUGUCAUUCACAGGGGGGCCUGGUCAGGAGGUUUCCUGGGAGCUGAACAAAGGUAUUUUAGCUUAACGUCCAUUAUACCUGGGAGGCAGGGCUCCCAGGAAUGGGCCAUUGUGUAUAUUGAAGCUUAUAGGCAACAUCCCUCCGGUUACUAACUUGUAACAGAAUACAAAGGUGCUUCCCUGUUACAAUCUGGUUGGCAAGCAGGAAACUUCAUCCAUGCCGGGGACACGGCGGAAGAGGACAGAGCAGGACCCGAGCACUCAGGCCAGGCCGAGGGCCCAACGUCAGGACCGCCAGGUGCUGAGGGAGAGCGGUGGGCUACCUUCUAAUGCAAUUUUCCAUAUUUAAAAGUAGUUUAUAUUCACGUAGAGAAAUCUGAAAUACACAAGAGGGCAAAGGAGAUCGCAAAAACGAUUCCUAAUGCUGCUGUCUUAUUCUCAGUGUUCAUCCGCGGGGCUUUGUGCCACACAGCUUGUGAAGCUACUGUACGUUGUGAAUCGUGCUCUUACCACGCAGCUCCCUGUGUUAUUAAAAAUGCCGGGGUGGAAAUCCCGUUUUCUGGCCGGCAGUGUUGUUCCCACCAAGCCCAGAUAGUUCCUUGUUUCCCGCCCCCCUUAGCACCCAGUGCUGUGGUGGCCGCACCUGAGCAGACACCCCAGAUGCAACCUAGCUGUUUCCUCAGAACAGACACACUCCCAAAGCGGGAGUUUCCGGGAGCAUGGGAUUUCUGUUCUUGUUUUUUCCUUUUUCUUUUUGUCUUAAAACAUUAUUUUAUAGUUCUGGAGGUCAGGGGUCAGGCACAGUUUCACUAAGCUAAGCUCCAGGUGCGGUAGGGUUGAGUGCCUUCUGUCUCUGGGAGAACCCAUCCCAUGUGCUCGACUUUUCCACCCUAGAGAUGGCCUGCGAGCCGGGCUCACGGCCCUUCCCCACCUUCUGAGCCAGCGGUGGCCAGUCGGCUCUCUCCCACAGGGCGUCACCCUGCCACUGUCCUCUGCCUCCCCUUCCACCUCUGAGGGUCCUCGUGGUGACGUUGGGCCCACCCGGAUCAUCCAGAACGACUUUUUUUUUUUUUUUUGGCUGCAUUGGGUCUUCGUU